UAAUCCAUCAUCGACAUUUCUCAUCAACGCGACGCAACGAAAUUCAUUAUAAUACCUAUCAAAGAAGAAAUAAAUUUUCUUUCACAGUUAAAUUAUCGACCUCAACAACUUCCAGGAUCCAAAUAACGAGGUUUAUUCAAGGGAAUUAUUACAGUUCAGCUAUUGCGACAAGAUUAUCGACAUCUUAAACUCUUUCAAAAAGACAUCACCAUGGCAUCUCCAUCAUCCAGUUCAGGCGAAGACCACAAGAAAAAUGAGGAACAAAUCACUUUUAGAUUUUGUAGUGAAUGGUAAGCUUCCAUUGCAUCUUCAGCGGAUUUUGUCGCAUCUGCUAAUCAGUUUCUAGUUCAAACAUGUUGUACCCAAAGGAGGACCCCGAUACUCACCGUCUACAAUUCGCAUGCCGUACUUGUCAAUAUUCAGAGGAGGCCGUCUCCUCUUGUGUAUUCAGAAAUAUUCUCAAUAACGCCGUUGGUGAGACUGCGGGUGUGACUCAGGAUGUUGGAUCUGAUCCCACUGUGGGUUUACCCUUUUGUCUUUUAUGCGGCCAUGUGGUCAUUUGUGAGGGAAGGGCGUCGAGUGCAAUGGGUGUGGGAGAAGUUUUCGUAGGGGAAGGUGGUGGGGUUUAUUGAAUAGAGUUCUGCGGAAGUUCUGAUGGCUGUUGUGGUCUUUUCGAAAACCUCCGCUGACAUGCCAAUUUUCUCUUGUUCUAGCUUCCACGAUCAAAUAAGACUUGUCCUGCUUGCAGGAACGAGGACGCUGUAUUUUUCCAAUCUCAACAGAGAUCUGCGGAAACAGGAAUGGUAAGCUACGGGAUUUAUGAGUAUUAAUAAGUCUUGCUAAUGAGAGGUCCUAGAAACUUUUCUACGUGUGCUGCGCGUGCGGUCAUAUCUUCCAGUAAUACCCCGGGGUUUUCGGUUUCGAGGAAGGCGUUGUUAUCUGGGAGAACAGGCUUAUGGAGUCUGUUGCAUGCGUUGGGGAUAUAUUAAAAAUUUCAUGAGUUUCUGGGGCAUGGCAAUCAGUACG